CCGGGAGGUUGGUACGGACCGCUCGUGGCUCUGGUCCCGCCGGCAGCUCGGGCUCGCGGGGGCGGGGCGCGUGGGGGCGGGGCGGGAGGCGCUGUCACAGCCGCGGCCGCACCGCGCAUCCGCCGCCGCCAGCGCCGAGGGCACCACGCGCUGGCCCGCUCUGCUGGGCUCCGGCCGCGCGCCCCGCCACCCCGGCCCGGCCGGCCCGCGCGUCGCCUCUUGGGGCUUCUGUCGCCGCCCGCGCCCUCCCGAGCGCUCCGGGGCUCCGGCCGCCGCCUGGCUGAGCCCAGAAGCAGCCGGGCGGUGGCAGCGGGCCGGCCGGGGCUGUGGACGAGCGGGCCCGCGGCUAUGAAGUGGCCCCCGAGGGCACGGAGCCGGAGAACGCCCCGAGAGAGAAGCGCGCGCAUCGCAGGGCAGCAGCCUUGGGGCGCUGGGGCCAGAGCAUAGGACUGCCACCCGCGAUGGACCGCGCCGGGGACGAUAUGGACUCGCCGCCGCAGGUCUCAACCUUGGAAGGUUCCUGAUCCUGCCCUGGACUACUUCCCCUUCGCUGGCUCCUGUCAGGCUGGACUCUGCAAACUUGCUUCCACAAUGGGUGGGUGUGAACGCUGGUAAUGAGGAGCUGUGGGUGCAGCCAGCCUUGGAGAUGCCGAAGAGACGGGACAUCCUUGCGAUUGUCCUCAUCGUACUUCCCUGGACUCUGCUCAUCACCGUCUGGCACCAGAGCAGCCUCGCACCUCUGCUUGCUGUGCACAAGGGGGCCAUAUGAGCAGCUCAGCAGGCUGAGAAGUGGACAGUUGGGUCAGAGCAUCCUUUUUUCAAGACGAGAUGAGGGCAGUGACCCCCGGCGUGAGGCACCACCCGGUGCAGACCCUAGGGAGUAUUGCAUGUCCGACCGAGACAUCGUGGAGGUGGUGCGCACAGAGUACGUGUACACGAGGCCGCCACCGUGGUCCGACACGCUGCCCACCAUCCACGUGGUGACGCCCACCUACAGCAGACCAGUGCAGAAGGCAGAGCUAACGCGAAUGGCCAACACACUGCUGCAUGUGCCCAACUUGCACUGGCUGGUGGUGGAGGACGCUCCACGCAGGACACCCCUGACAGCGCGGCUGCUGCGCGACACCGGCCUCAACUACACACACCUGCACGUGGAGACACCCCGCAACUACAAGCUGCGAGGUGAUGCCCGAGACCCUCGCAUCCCACGGGGCACCAUGCAGCGCAACUUGGCCCUGCGCUGGCUGCGGGAGACCUUCCCACGGAACUCCACUCAGCCAGGGGUAGUGUACUUCGCUGAUGAUGAUAACACCUACAGCCUGGAGCUCUUUGAAGAGAUGCGCAGCACAAGGAGGGUGUCCGUUUGGCCUGUGGCCUUCGUUGGCGGCCUUCGGUAUGAGGCCCCAAGGGUGAAUGGGGCAGGGAAGGUGGUUGGCUGGAAGACAGUGUUCGACCCCCACCGGCCAUUUGCAAUAGACAUGGCUGGAUUUGCCGUCAACCUGCGGCUCAUCUUACAGCGAAGCCAGGCCUACUUCAAGCUCCGUGGUGUGAAGGGAGGCUACCAGGAGAGCAGCCUCCUUCGAGAACUUGUCACCCUCAAUGACCUGGAGCCCAAGGCAGCAAACUGCACCAAGAUCCUGGUCUGGCAUACACGGACCGAGAAGCCAGUGCUGGUGAAUGAGGGGAAGAAGGGCUUCACCGACCCCUCGGUGGAGAUCUGAGACUGAGCAUGCAGGAAUCUCCUUCUCAGACCCUGAUCUUGGCCUUCCAUCCUCUCCCACGGCUGAUAGUCACACUGAGGCAGACUCCUGAGGAGCAGCAUCACCUCCUGUCUAUUCUGAGGGCUUCCAAGAAAGCUCAGCUAGAUGCCAGGAUAAAAAAAAAAUAACCAGAGAAUUUAAGCACAGAAUUCCAGACCUGUUCUCUCCAUCAACAUGGCCAAAGGCUUAAGAGACCGAGGGCUGGGGGUUCCAGCGGCCAGCAAAGCCUGUGCUCAGCACACCUCCUUGGAAGCUCCCUGCAUUGGUGGGGCUGUAUAAGCAGGUGACCCUGCCUUGGAGUGAUGCUGGAGCUGAGGGAGGUCAGAAAACCUCACUGUCGAGUACAGCAUGGCUCUCCAUGGCACCCUGCUCUUGGGCCCAGCAUGACUACACAGCAUGUGCCCAGCCAGGACAUUGUGAAGACCAGAGAGCAGACUGGGGCAUGAAGGUGCCCCAACACUCCUCUUUCAUGCCUGCUCUUCCUCAGAGCUGCUCCCAAAUCAGAAAUACCUCUGGCUGUCCUCCGGUUCAUGUUUACAGGGCAUAAGGCUGUCUUGGAUCCCACCUGGCACCCAGCCCUGCAUUGGGGGAGCCUGGGCCUACCUACAGCUCCCCCUGUACCUCAGGCUGUGGGAGAACAGAGCCCCUUCCCAUGUCCCUCAAGCCUCCUGUGCCAGAAUUGGCAAGGUGGUGGGCCUAGAGCCAGCACAGGUCACUGCUUGACCUGGAUUAAGAACCACAUCACCCCAGUGUCCACACUGCCUCUCCAAUACCCCUGGGCUGCAAUGCCCAUUGCCUGGCUUGGACUGGGGAGGCCAAAUGCCCUCUUUCCAGAAUCUGAGAAUCACAGACCUCAGGACUGGAGCUAACAGUAAUAGGUAAGCAGAGCUCUUCCUGAGAAAGUGAGGCCCAGCAACCACAGCCCUUCCCUGCACGGAUUCCUGUGAGGGGUGCAUGAGCAGGGGACUCAAGACAAGAGCGGGAAAUGUUGGGACACUGAAAGGAAAGGAGAUGAGCACACACUCACUGCUUCGGAAGUCACUCUAUCAUACACAAAAUGGGAAAGCUUGCCAAGCCAGCCUGCCCCCUGCCCACUACCCCUUCUCUACCCCAGAGAAAACAGUACGCCCAGGCUGUUGCCCCCACCCAUCCAAGAGACUCAGCUGCCUAGGUGUCCAGCAUCUGAGAGGCCCCUGGCUCUGGCUGGAUGGCACCCUCUGGUGGUCAUCUCACUCCAGCUCCUACAAGUUGGAAGCACAAUGUUCCUCCCAAGUGGGGGAAAGGAAAGGGCAUAAGCCCACCGAAGAGGUUUUUAUUUUUUAACCGCUAACAGCUCUCCCCCUCCAUUAAAACUCAUAGGACAGGCCCGAGAGUCAUUCAGAACCCACUCUUGGGUGGGUAGGACUCAGUCCACACAUCUAACAUUCAGAGAAUAGCAUCGGCUGCCUAUUUUGAAAUGGAUUUUACUUCCCACAGCCUUCAGGAAACCACAUGAUGGGACUAGAUCCCACAGCUACCUUGCAGGAUAUUUCCCCCCAACCUUUGACACUUUGGAUGUUGCUUUGGAAAUUGACCCCUUGGCCUCAAAUGGGCAGCAUGGGAGAGGGGGGAAAGGGGCACAGGGCAUCUAUCCAAUGAGUGGAUUUAUGUCUGGGCUUUCUACUGCUCAUUCAUAGAAACUGACAGUGAAUGCCAAGGUCAAACCAGCUGCUGAGGCUGCCUUCUUAGCCAAAACCCAGCGAUCCUUUUUAGGACACUGAAAAGGAAAAACAAAAUGGGGAUCUUAUUAUUUUUAUUAUUUUUGGGCAGAUGCUAGCUCAGUUGUUUUCAUCUAAUAUCCUCUCUUAGCUGCAUGUGUAUUUAUUUAUAAUUACAACCCUGGUGGACUGUAGCCUCCAUCUCUGUUGAGAAUGAAUGUGUGACAGAUCAGAACGGGGUCCAUGUUGACAACUUGUUCUCCAAACCCAGGCUGUUCCCUGCUCCCUCGCUGGAAAGCCCCACCACAGAGGAGUCAAGCCAGGGGGUUAGGAGCUCCACGGGCAGAGGCUGGUGUGAGGGUGGAGCCCAAGCUGCUGCACCAUCUGGGCUGUUUUAAUUUAACUCUAUUUAAUUUGUUUUCAAAAUUAAAAGUCAAAUAUGGUUUUUAACAGUUGUAA